AUGGCUGCGGCCGCUGCGGUGGCGGGGAAACUCCCCUCCCACGCUUCCCACGUCGACCUAUCAAAGGCCGAGUGCAGGCGCAGAGUCCGCUUGUUCCUGCACUCUAACCCCGCGGCGUUUGGUGGGAUAUCGUGCCUUGACGCCCCCGGCCGCAGACGUUGGCUUACCUUUCAACCCUGCCGCUCGUUCCGAUCGGAGGACGGGGGUGGUCAGCCGCCGGAGGAGAAGGCCGGGGAUGGCGCGAAGGGUGUUAUUCCUGAAGAACGAGGCUCUCGGUUGCAGGGGAGGCGGAAAGGGGGACUUUACUCCCUGAAAUCUUUGAUUGUCAGGCUCACUGGAUCGAGAUCGCAGUACGAAGGACAGUACAAGAAGGCGGUGGAGAAGGCAGAGGCCAUGUUCUUUUCCGUAAGAUAUUCUUCUUCGUCGGUUCGGUAGGAAAUCUGAUUUAAAAACUUUGGCUAAUUUACAAGACAAUUAACUACCUCCGGAGUCUUUUUCCAUAUCCUCUCGUUAACAUUUCUCUGCCAUGGCGAGAUUUUCCCAUUGGGGGUUUAGUUAUUGGCUAUGUGAAAUCUGAUCUGUAUUUCAGAAGUAGGGUAGAAAGUGCUUGGCUAAGCCAUCCAAAGCACAUUCACCUCCGUCUCAGCGUUGUCUCUUUUGUUACUGUUUUCAGUUUGCCACCCACUUCGGUAGAUACCUCGUCACCAUGAUGAGCACUGGAGUUAUACUCUCAAUUGGCUUUCAACUGUCAGGUUAGCAGAUACUAAAUGUUCCACACCAAAUGCUUCACUUUUCCUUAGCUGCACGUAUUCUGUUGAGCUAACCGACUUUUUUUUUCUUCUGCUACUCUGAAGGCGGGGACAGUCAGAUGAAUACAUUGAUAUGGUACAGCUGGCUUGGUGGAAUAGUCAUAGGAACCAUGGUCGGUGCAAAUAUGGUUUUAGAAGAACAUUGCCGAGCUGGACCUCGCAAUAUUGUCAUCACUGGGAGGUAUCACAUUGUUACCUUGUUUCCAUUUUGUCAUGUGAAAUAUGAAUAAUGGGUGGUCUAAAUCGCACGAUCUUAUGGUACUUAGUUUUUUUCGAGCAUCUCCUUCAUUUGAGGAUGUUUACAUUCUCUAGAAAUGGAAAGAUUACGAAAAUGGUUAUCAAUAAUUCUAUAUGCUUUUUAUUAUUUGUCUGGUUUUCGCCACACAAUGAAGCGUGUUUUUUAUUCAGAAAUCCAACUUAGAUGAAGGGUCACUUAUCGCUAGUUUCGUGUUAAAUUGACUAUUGUAAUUUUUAUUUUCAGUCCUUAUCAUAGAUUAUUUCCCUUUCACUAAUAAUUCCUCCUAUACUUCUUGCAGUACCAGAGGACUUGGCAAAGCUCUGGCGCGAGAGUUUCUCCUUUCGGGAGAUCGUGUUGUUAUUGCUUCUCGCAGGUUGGCACUAUGCCAUCUGUUUCGUAUCGUUGAACGCUAUUUGUUUCCAUACUUCCCAGUAACUUAUAUUAUGGCCUUCUUUUUUAAUGCAGCCCUGAAUCGGUUCAGCUGACUGUGGAAGAGCUUGAAGAAAAUAUAAAGGAAGGUAUGACUGUGGCAGGCAGAAAGUCUAAAACAAAUUUGUCUCAUGCAAAAGUCACUGGAACUGCAUGUGAUGUUUGUAAACCUGAUGAUGUGAGGAAGUUGGCCAACUUCGCUGUCAGUGAGCUCGGUACGAUAGACAUCUGGGUGAGUCACAGGUUUUGUGUCUAGGAUGCCAUCAUCUUACAUGAUUUUUAACCUGUCUCAUCACAAUCUAUGCACACACAAAUGCACUGCACUGACAACUGCUCCCCGUAGCCUCUAUGCAUUUCAAAAAUAGAUGUUAAAGACAAUGAUGGUAGUGAAAAGUACGGUCCAGUACAUGCGUUGUAUUCCAUAAGAUCAUCAUUCUUGCAUAAGAUGGCGACUUACAUCGUACGCAUUAUCCGUCAAGCUACUGCAAUUGAUGCACACUCCAAUUUCCCACAGCUCUUUUAUAGCAUCUGUGAUAUAAGAAUCUCAUGUGGAGAAUGGGAUAAGCAUAAUUUUUUGGGAAAAUUAUGCUUUCAUUUAUACGGAAUUAUGAAAGUUUGGUCGUACCUUUUACUUUCAUAUCGUCUGUGUUUUGCUUUCGUUGCAUAGAAUUCUCCAUGAUGCUUCAUUCCACAUCUGAACCGUCAAACUUGCACUUCUUUUCUACACAAUAAAUUGUGAAUUUAUUUUCCUGUAUGUUCUGAACAGAUAAACAAUGCUGGCAUGAACAAAGGCUUCAGACCAUUGCUACAAUUCACAGAUGAAGAUAUUGUACAGGUACAAAUCCAAUUGAUCCACGGACCAAGAUAUUUUGCCAGCAUUCAAUCUCAAUAUCUACUAUGUAUUCUCCGGUGGUUCACCCUUGAUUUGCCAGACAAUCUGAUAGAAUAUAUUGUAUAAUUCCAACUUAUACGUAUAGCAACCAAUAAUUCUCAGGUAUGAAGCGAGCAUUGUAGUUUUUCACCAAAUUUUCUACCCAUCGGUGGUUUCAUGAUCAAUUACAUUUGGAGUGGUUGCUGUCAGAUUGGAUCUCUAGUUUGCAACUGAUAAUCCUUCUUUCUUUUUCUUUUUUUAAUCUAAGUAAGUUAUCAUUUCCAAUGACCUCAGAUUGUAUCAACCAAUUUGGUUGGAUCCUUAGUCUGCACGAGAGAAGCCAUGCGGAUUAUGAAUUCUCAGGAGAAGGGGGGUCACAUCUUCAACAUGGAUGGAGCGGGUUCGGGGGGCUCCAGCACCCCCUUGACCGCCGUGUAAGUUUCACUUCCGUAGAUCGUUCCAAUCAGUUCAUAUAUUUGCCUUUUCUAUAUGUAUGUAUAUAAAAAUAAUAAUAAUAAUAACCCGAGUUAUGGACCCACUUAAUGCUCCAAUUAAUUCAUACAUUUGAUUUGAUUAAUUUCCACAGGUACGGGUCCACCAAAUGCGGGCUGAGGCAGUUCCAGGCGUCACUGCUGAAGGAAUGCAAACGGUCCAAGGUCGGUGUCCACACGGCGUCCCCGGGAAUGGUACUGACUGAGCUUCUUCUCAGGUACCACCACACCUCCUUCCGAACACCUCGUGUCCCUCUUUGGAUCAUCACUAUGACACCGACGAUUUACACUGUCUUUUCCGUCUCUUCUGCCGCGCUCGCAGUGGGUCGAGCUUGAGGAACAAGCAGAUGUUCAACAUCAUCUGCGAGCUGCCGGAGACCGUGGCCCGGACGCUGGUCCCCAGGAUGCGAGUGGUCAAAGGCAGCGGCAAGGCGGUCAACUACCUGACCCCCCCUCGGAUCCUCCUCGCCCUCGUCACCGCCUGGCUCCGCCGCGGCCGCUGGUUCGACGACCAGGUACCUUACCCACUUGACUCCACUCACCGGCGACCCUCCCCCCACCGCCGCCGCCGCUCCUCACAAAGAUCCUCCCUCUUUCCCUCCUUCCCGUCGACAGGGCCGGGCGCUGUACGCGGCGGAGGCGGACCGGAUACGCAACUGGGCCGAGAGCCGCGCGCGCUUCUCCUUCACCGACGCCAUGGAAAUGUACGCGGAGAGUACCUGGCUCUCCGUCUUCUCCCUCUCCGUGGUCUGCGCUUUCAUCAUCCUCUCCAGCUCCGCCGCCGCCUUCCCUGGCACCUGA